AUGAGGAAGAAAACCUUUGCUAAAAGGCCUCCUCAUGAAAAAAUCUUCAAGUCUCUCACAAAGCCCUCAACCCGCUCUCACGACCGAACCUUCACUCCAUCUCCUUCUCCUCCUACCUCUCCUCCUCGGUGUGAUCCCAUGGCAAGAACCAAAAAUCCUUCUAGGGUUACUCCUUCCGCCAAGAAGACACCACAGACGAAAGAACCUCCAUCCAAGCCGGGGUCAUCGAAACUGAGUUCAUCAAAGGGGAAGCGACCAGCCACACCUGAACCUCUACCUGAGUCCACACAACCAAAGUCUAGGUCUGUUCCAUCACGUUCUCAAAGAGGUAAAACUCGAGUUCCUCUUAAGUCAGUUAAAGAACCAGACAUUGGCCCUUUUGAUCACAAAGCUCACUUUUUGACUUCUCAUUCGAACUAUAAUCCUUAUAGAUUCAAAUCUGCCAUGAACAAUGAUUUUUAUGAGGGGGUUAUCCAGGGUGGUUCAGUGAAACAGAACAAAGGACCCACUAGAUAUGAAAGAGUUAUCCUAGAUGAUGAAGAUGAUGAUUUUAUCGCUGAGGAUUCUCCUGGUCCUUCCACUGAGGGUACUUCCAUCUCCGCUGGGAAGAAAUCUACUUUGCUGAAUGUGGUCAAGGAUGUCGCUCAAGAGUUUGUUUCCUAA